ACUGUAACCAUGUUUCCAACCAUACAGAGAGUCCAUCAGGAGUCUCUGGUGAGACGCCUGAACAUGAAGCUAUCCCUGGUAAUACAGUGAGGUACUACAGUGUGAUGGAUGAUGAAGGUGCAGAUGAUGUCUUCAUCCCACCUCCUCCUCCAUCCUGCAUGAAUCCUUUGCCACCAGCAGAUGGAGGCACAGGUGCAACAGCCGAUAACGCUGGCGUGUCCGACUCAAACGGGGCAGCUGACGCCACAGAGGCUGAGGCUAAUCCCAGCAGCUUAGACUGGUAUCACGGGGAGAAGCACUUAAUGGCAGCACAGAACGAGGUGGAUGAAGUGAUAGCAAGUGUGCUGCAGGCUUCUAUGGAAAAGGUAUUACUGUCCAAUGACAAGGACUCCACACCAGCCCCUUAUCGAGACCAAACAUCGAUGGACAGCACAGGUUGUCUGAUGGAAACAUGCCACGAUGCCGCCAAAAGACACUAUCAGGACGACACAGACAACGAAGAAUCGAAUGAGGAGCCUGAGGACAUUGUGAUUUUGAGGGAAGGACAGGAAAACUGGGGGGAAAGCAAUGCAGAGAAAGACCAAUAUCCAAAUGAAAGUCAUGAGGAAAACUUUGAGAAGGAGACCUGCUCAGGCAAAGACGGAGACAAAACAAAAUACGAGGACAUUUCUGGUCUGUCAAGAAAGAAGCCGGACAGUGAAAGUGAUGAGCCAAAUACCCCAACACUGUGUGAUCCUAAUGUGAAUGAUUAUGAUCUUGAAUCCUCUGAGGCAGCAGAGUUCAACAAACACAACCGAAGCAAGACGGACGCAGCAACCAGCCAGUCUCAGGCAGCUCCUUUACCAGCCGACGACACCAGUGAUAAUGAAGAGCAUGUUGACAGCAGAUCUUUGGAUUACAACCUCACAAAAUGUAAGUGGGUGAGGAGAGAAAGUGCCACAGAUAUUCAAAUCCCCCAACAUCCCAUCGCCAAAGAUUCUGAAGAAAUGGCGACUAGCGGAGAGCACGGAGACGGAGGCAAGAGAAUAUCCACUGAUAUCCAACAAGGUGAGCAACUGCUUCAGCGUCUGCAAAUGGUGCAGCUGCGACACGAAGUACAUGUGUCAGAGAAUCCUCAAACCUCCCAGAAGCCUUUCAAAGAUAUGAAAGGCGAGGAAAAGGGUGCAUCUGGGACUGAACUGAGAGAAAGGAAACUGACAGAUGAAGAAAAGAAGGAGGAAAGUCGAUUUCACACUGUCAUGAAAUCAAAGGCGAUUCUGAUAGAGAAGGAAAAGAAUGAGAGUAAAGAUGUUCAAACAAAAGCAAGGAUGUCUUCAUCUGAUAUGCCAGAAGAGAGAGAACACCAGAGGAUUGCUGGAAUAGAUUCUGGUGAUUCUGGUGAUGAACAGAGUGACAGGUGUGUACCUGCAGAUUUGCCUUCCUUCAUCUCCCAUGAAACAUCUACUGAAGUUCCAUUUUUGUCCACUGGACACCGGUUCUCAGCGGCCGAGACCUCCAUGGAGAAGCAGCUCCAUGAGGCAGCCCAGGAGAAGAAGAACUUGCAGAGAGCAGGAGGGGUUUUCAAUCUUACCGAUAAUCCCGAUGUGCUGGAGAUUCCCUUCAAAACGAAUAUCUCUCUUGAGUCACUUCUUCCCAAAGCUCAGGCCAGCCAUCGCAGUGAUUGGCAAUUCUCUGAGCAGAAGAUGCAGAAGGAGAUAAGUCAGGAGGUUCAGAGAGAACUGGUGCUGGUCAACCAGGGAAAGAUUCCAGGGGGGUACAGCAAAGGGGAAGUCCGCCACUUAAGGGAGACUAAACUGCUGUUUGAAACUUUCCAGCAGGACAACACAGAGGGUCCGACAAGGCUCCGGAAGCCCCCUAACACAGUGAUUAAAGGUCCCGUUUAUCCUUCAGUGCUGGAGCGCACACGUAGCCUCGAGAUGUUCUCCCUGAAAAGCUGCCCCGUUUCCAGAGCACAUUCCCUCAGGCUGUGCAAAUCUACAACCCCUGAGAGAGAAAAAAGUCCUGAAAACUUCAGAUCAAAGAGCCCAACUGGAGGUUCUCGAGAUAAAACACGCCUGUCCCCUUAUUCAAAACAGGACAAACACCUGCGUCUGCACAGAAGCAUGGACUCUAUAAGAACUGACGGCUCCACGUUAGCAGUGGAGACCAGGGGCAUACCAAGGAAGGGGAACGCAGGGCCAGAAUCUCCAAUCCUCAAACAAAACCCCUUCUUCAAGCUGCGCCCAGCCCUGGCUCUGCAGCCAGAGGUGGAGAAGGAUAUCCGAGAGGCCAAACAAAGGGAGGAGGAGCUGCGCAGACAAAGAUGCACUUUGUAUGGGGAAAACAGACGGAACAGUGAAGACGAGGACAAGUCACGCCGCACUCAAAUGGACGUACCAGAUAUCAGGAAACGAGGGAAACUGGAACGGGUUUGGCCUCCACCUCCCAAGAAAGAUCCAAUGAAAUCGGAGCAGACACAGGAACCCAAAGUUCACAGAGCGGGAGGUCAGAAGGCUCCGCUGUGGCAACGCUGGGAGUCUGGCAUGAUAAACGGGCAGCCGGCAAAAGAAAAGAAAUGAUCAGGACCGUCAACAGACUGUUACUGAUCCGCAAUGCUACAGUCACAGUCCAAUCAGAGCUAAAUCAGUAGAACCAAAGUCCUGUCCUUAGUUCCGGCGCAAAUACUCUCUGGCUCUUUUAAUUCUGCUUUCCAUCUAUGUCAAAUGUGCAUUUCUUUUUUUGAUAUCUGUAAAUCUUAGUAUUAUUGAGCAGGUAAUUAAAGCAGAAGUAUCACA